GGACGUCUGGUGGGAGCUAAAUCCCAAGUUGGAUUUAGGCAUUGAACUGCCAAUAUCAAAUUCUAGCUUUAUUUCUCUCUCUACCUCGAUGCCUUCGCUUCAAGCUCCUUUAAAUACUCCCUUUUCACCCAAUUCAUUUUCUUCUUUCCCUUUUCGUCGCCUUUUUCAUGGCUUCCCUUUUCUCCCUCCGAAUUUCCACUUCACACAAUCAAGAAAUUGUCAGAUCAUGGAACUUAGCAAAAUCUGGUUCUAAGAAACUGUGUUCAUCUAAUAUAAAUGUGAAAGAGCAGAGUUUUGGCUGUGUAAAAUAUGUCAUUCUGCAAGGACAUCUUUCUGGAUCAUUGUCCCAAAAGAUUCCAGUGAAAUGCAUUCCUUCAGAAGCACUAGAAUCAGUGGUAGCUACAGGCAACCCUGACCAAAACGUUAUCAUGGUGGACUCUUCUAUAGUCAGUAGUCACAGGGAUGAGCUGGAAUUCAGCCGAGUCAAUUGUCUUGUGUGGGUACUGCAUGAAUCUGCAAGAAGUUUUUCAGUUGCAGUACAGACCCUUGAAUUGGCUAAAAAUGGGCCUGAGCUUGCAAUGGCAUGGGUUGGGGUGGAUGUGCAUGCCUGGCAUAAAAGCAUCGCAUAUCAGGUAGCAAUUUAUGCUAUGUUCAAAGCAGCAAUAGAAGUGGAAGUGUUUCUUUCUCGCAAACGCAGCAACAAUGUUUCUUCUGUUCAUGAAAUCUUAUCCUCAAUCACCGACUUUCUUGGAGAGCGCAUUGAAAGUCAGUUGAAUUUGAGGAAUCCAAAGUUGGUGCAAUGGUUUAGAACAUUGGAGCUGCCACGGAUUGCAGGAAUGUUCAUUCCCCUAUUCAAGAAAUGGUCUGUGGACUAUGCAGGAAGUGGUGUUGCAGGAAAUAUUUUGGCAAUAAGUUGUUGCACAGCAGUGCAGAAAUUAGGUUCAGGACGAGUUUCUUGUCCUUCGUUUUCAGCUUCGGUUGAAGAUGCACUAGUAGAGCUAAUGAACUUGUCACAUAGACUUGUUUCAAUUGAUAAAUUGCACUACUUAGCAGCUAAGGCUGGAUUCGAAGAAGAACUCUUGUUCCAUUUUGGUAGAAAGGUUCUACCAAGUAACAAUAUUGAAGAUGUAAAAUUUUGGAUAGGAUUGGUUCAAAGAAAACUCAGUAAUGCAUUUCACAGAGAAAAUGUGAUUGCAGACAAGCAUAAUUUUCACGACAAGGUUCAAGAAAAUAGUUUAGCUACUCUGGGACUUUUUGCAUAUCUGGGAAGAGAGACAAGAUUGUUCCUCUCGGAAAUGGGUAUAAAGGAUCUUGAUGAGCAAACUAAAGAUUUUCUGAGUUACUUAGAAUGUGGUAGCCUUCUUCUGCAUCCAGAAUUCUCCACUCUCUCUGAGUAUCAGCUCCUCAUGGAGGUAGUAGUCAAUGAAAUUGGAUGGCUCGACUUUUAUGCUGAAUCUGCUAGCAAGUUUUGUGUCAAAAGAAGAUCCAAACAACAUCCAAUUCAAGCGGAAAAAGAAAUAAUUUUGUACACUGUUUUAACUGUAUGCUAUGAUGUCAUAGCUGGAUUCGCCCACUAUAACAAUUCCUCGCAGCAGCCAUUAGAUGCAAAUUUACUGGACUUCUUGCUUCAGAGUCAAAGUCUGCUGUCUGUGUGUCUGGAGGACUACUGGGCAGCUUAUGAUAGAACAGGAGAAGUGCAAAAAUUUUCUGAUAGAAAUGCAUCUGAUGCGGCAGCAUCUUUGUUUAGUAAAGGUGGAAUGGGUUCAUCCAUCAUAUUGGACGUGAAAGAGAAGCCAAUACAUCAAUAUAGAUCUAGAUUGAAUCAGGCCACCAGCUCUGCUGUGAUGGACCCUGUGACACUGGUGGAGUCGGAAUGCUCUACUGCACCCAAACCACUGCAUGAAAAUUUACUAAGAAAAUCUACGACCAAGCUGAUAUCUGCAAGUGUUGAUAUCUGGAUGGGUACUGAAUUGCUCUUUACAGACGUAUCAGAUGCUUUAGAGCUACUUAUAAAGCAGUUGAAAGGCCGUCAACUCACAAAAAGGGAGAGAAAGAAAAUGAAGAGAACGCUGGGUGAUAUAGCUACCCUUGUUCCCAUAACCAUCUUAAUGCUAAUCCCUGUUUCCGCGGUGGGUCAUGCAGCAAUGUUAGCUGCAAUCAAGAAAUAUGUCCCCAGUUUGAUUCCUUCUCCGUAUUCAUCUGAAAGGCUUGAUCUAAUGAAACAAUUAAAGAGAACGAAGAAGAAGGAAGUCCAAGCUCGGAGCAGGGUCGAAAACCCUUCUUCUAAAGUUGUAGAGUGAAUGCAAGCUGUGGGAAAUAAUUUCAUUAUCAUGAUGUUGAUUCAACUUUAACUUCUGUAAAUUGGCAAGAGAAGUUGCCCAUACACAUUAUAGCCUAUGCAAGAAACUGUCAAUUAGAGGAAACACUUUUUCACAAGCGCACGUACACACAAAUCCUACUAAAUUUAGUUCUAGAGGAAGCAAACUUUGAUUUUGAUCAACUGUAUUUGCUCUAGGCAUAAUCUGACAAUUGUUCAUAUUGUCCAUGGUUUACAACGAAGCUUUCAAGUUUCUAAA